CUCUUUUUUAGCCGGAGGAGAGAGAGAAUAUUCGUUCCUUUAGCCCUUUCCCCGUCAAGUCUUCUCGCCGCUCAUCGAUAGAUUUCCUUCCUUCCUUCUCUCUCUUUCGCGUUAAUUCUUUUGAUUCAGCUAAUUUGAUGCGCGGGCGUUGUUGAUCCCGCGAGACGAAGCUUUCUUUGAACGCAAUUUUGCGCCAGGGCUUCCUCCAGUAUUUGGGUGAGCAGAUUCUUUGGAUUCAUCCUUCUUGAUACGUAUCACGAAGAAUUAAUAUGAAGAACAACUCAUUGUUCGCAAAUGUGGAUUUCGCUGACACACCUAAUCUCCCAACAGAUUUCCAAUUAUUUCAAGUCCUACAGGAAGCGUUCCGUUUCAUUUCCAAGUUUGCUGGAUCGCUAUCAAUCGGGCUCUCCACUCAGUCAGACUUCAAUUUACUUCACAAAGUUCCUGCCGAUGUAUUUGGCUCCAUCCCCAGCCACUCUGAAUCUUGUGCCCAGAUCAAACGAGUUGCAUCUUCAAGACAGAACCUUGCUGCAUUGCAUUUUGUUUUUGGUUCAGAUAACAAAUAUGCCAUAAAAGCUUAUCUCACAAAGCUUGCAAGUUCCACGUUAAGUUUCUUCUGUGAGGAAGUUCGCGUCCACCAUGGUUUUGGUCUUCCCAUUCUAUCACUAGCUGCUGCUUUCAUACCUCCUUUUGACAACAAAUCCUCAAAGGCACUAGCCAAUUCAAUUACGUUGGAAAGCACUAGUGAUCAGAUCAGUGGCCAUGUAAAUCAGUCACACAGAAAGGAUUACUAUCAUGGCUGUGCUACCCUUGCUGCAUCAAACAUUAACUGGAAAGGAGAUGCAAUUGAACCAAAAACAGGCAUCAAAUUUCCGACAUUCUUGGAGGAUAACUUCAGUUUAACUACUAAGGUGCUUGUCGGAAUUGGUUCUAGAAGCAUGAGAAUAAUAAAGCUCAAGUCUUUGAAGCUCUAUGCAUUUGGCUUAUAUGUCCACCCUGAUUCUAUUUGUGAAAAACUGGGUUCCAAGUAUGCUUCAGUGCCUGUAGCAGAGUUAAAGAACCAUUCAGAUUUUUUUGAAGAUCUUCUCAGGGAGGAUAUCAACAUGACUGUUAGGCUGGUGGUUAAUUGUAAUGGCCUCAAAGUUAACACCGUCAGAGAUGCUUUCGAGAAAUCCCUUCGCACACGCUUGCAAAAGAUGAACCCUGAUACAGAUUAUCAUUGCCUGAGGGUAUUUGGUUCUUAUUUCACUCAAGAUAUUGCAUUGCCUGCAGGUACCACAAUAGAUUUUAGGCAAACUGCAAACGGGCAGCUGAUAACAGAAAUUGGUGGUAGGCAAGUUGGUGCUGUGCACAGUAAGGAUCUAUGCAGAGCCUUCUUUGACAUGUACAUCGGCGAUCUUCCUGUAUCAUUACAGGCCAAAGAAGAGGUUGCUGAAAAUGUUGCGGGACUCAUAAGGAGAUGCUAAGAUGAGAAAUAGUUUCUGCUAUGGUUUGCAAGUUUGUGCCGAUGAUUGAAAUUCAGGUACUAAUACAGGUCAGAUAAUACAUUCUUGUUAAGUAGAAAGUCAUGUAUAUGAAAACUACAUGGCAUCCAAUUUUUUUUAAGCUGAGGGGCCAUGUUUUUCAGGUUCUAAAUUAAACAUUAGAACUUCCUGAUUCUAUUCAUUUUGGUAAGAUUGACUCGGGCAAGCUGCCUGCCUCAGCCAAAACCAGAUCAUAUCUUUCUGAGGUAUACAUUUCUUUUGUUGAGUGACGCAAGAACUCUCGUGAUACCAUUUAUUGGAAUAUAUGGAUUCACAACCGUACAUAUGUUUCUGUA